GUUAUACUUAUGCGUUAACCAUCAUUGUUUUCACCAUAAAAACAAGCAAGAUUUGAAAAGUCUAAUAAUUCAUCUGGAUUUGCAACCUUUUAAAGUACUACUUAAUUGAAUUCUAAAUAAUUGGCUGACUUUAGAAAAGAUCUUCGUAACAAUGUAUCAUCUAGAGAACCUUUUACUUCUUAAUAAGAGAAAUCACCUUAAUUAUUUGCUUCCUGGACGAAAGCAGAAAGGAUUGUUUUGUAAUACAUAAUUCUAUAUUUCUUAGAGAAGAAUAAAAGGUCAAUAAAAAAUCACCCAAAAAGUCAAGAAUUCUUGGUGGACUCAAUUAUGAUGAAAUCUUUGAUAAUAAUAGACCAUAAUCUAAAAACAGAAAUAAUAAAAUUGAUUAAUUAUUUCAAAAAUCAUCUGCUAAUGAUUUCUAUGACAAUUCCUUUACUUCAUUUCCUAAACCUUUUUUAUAAAAUAAAACUUUCGGUUCAGGCUUUAAAGAUUCCCCUUAAAAAUCUAAGGAAAAAUUAGAAAGAUUUAAAAAUUGGGAUAAUAGACUUGAUGUUUAAUUGAAAUUAUAAAAUAAAGCUAUUUCGAAUAGAGUAUCACCUUAAGGAGAUAAACCUCUAUUUUAUAAAUAUGUUAAUGAAGUUUAAAAAGGACUUUUUGAUAAUACUUCUCCUAAUAUUUUACCUAAUUAAAUUCCUAAGGUGAAUUUAUUUGAAUCAAAGAAGUAAACCUUCUCUUUUAAUGAUACAUUUAAUGUUUAAAAAUCAAAUUCAUUUUAAAGAAAUCAUUCUCCUUAACUUUCUAAUCGAUUUAUGGAAAAAAUUCCAUUAACAGAAAUUGUAAGAAUGACAUCUCAUUUUUCAUUAUUGUCUACACAAGAAAUCGGAUAAAUCUCUAAAGGGUAAAAAUAUUUAUAAUUUUUAGAUAUGUAUCAGAGCUAAGUAAUUUAGCUGAUAUUUUAUAACGUAUAGUAAAGCGUUCAAAUAAAUAUAGUUGA